ACACAGUCAACUCUGAAGUCUGGCGCCAGCGCUUCUUUAGUGCACAGUACAAUAAAUUUUCAAAGCCUUUCUUGUCCCAGAAAAGUAUCUGGUAUUUAUAGGAAUAAGAAGAACUAGCAUUUAUAUAAAACAUGGCUGAUUCCAGCAACAAAGAGUCAUCAGUGACUAAGGUUCCAAUGAUUUACGUUUGUGGAGAGUGCCAUCGGGAAAACGAAAUAAAACCAAGAGACCCAAUAAGAUGCAGAGAAUGUGGUUACAGAAUAAUGUACAAGAAGCGAACAAAAAGAUUGGUUGUCUUUGAUGCUCGCUGAGGAAGAAUGAAGAAUCUAUAAAUAAUAUCUAAACAUUG